AAAGAACUCUCAACCAACUCCCCUGACUCCUGUCCGAAAUCGGUCCCAACUCCUUCGAAGGACGACUCCUUUCUUUAUCUCGUCCUCCAUUUGGCGUGUGGAGUUCCGCCGGGACAACCAGAGAUACCGAUCCUCCGCCCGGAUCCGCCGUCAGAUCUUCCCCGGAGAGCAAUGAAGCAGCUCCACAAGCUGUCCAGCCUCGGCCAGCAGCAGCCAAUCCCGACCCACUCCCCAACCUACUCCGUCAAGGCCGCGAGGCAGCUCAAUUCCCGCUCCUCCGCCGCCGCCUCCUACCUCCUCCGCGAGAAGCGCCUCCUCUUCAUCCUCAUCGGCGCCGCCCUCGCCUCCUUCUUCUUCCUCCUCCAGCCCUAUCUCUCCUCCUCCGACCGUAUCCUCCCGACCUCUGACGUCCCCCACCGCCACCUCCUCCCGGUCUCCACCGCCUCCGCCGGGAGGAGGUUUCCUGUGGGUCUGAGAAGGCCACCGCUGAGGAUUGUGGUGACGGGCGGGGCCGGGUUCGUGGGGAGCCACCUGGUGGACAAGCUGCUGGCCCGGGGUGACAGCGUCAUCGUCAUCGAUAAUUUCUUCACGGGGAGGAAGGAGAACGUGGUGCAUCACUUCCAAAAUCCCAGGUUCGAGCUGAUCCGCCACGAUGUCGUCGAGCCCAUCUUGCUCGAGGUCGACCAGAUCUACCAUCUGGCUUGCCCUGCUUCGCCGGUUCAUUACAAGUAUAAUCCCGUCAAGACUAUCAAGACAAAUGUGAUGGGGACUCUGAAUAUGCUGGGAUUGGCAAAGAGAAUUGGGGCUCGUUUCUUGUUGACGAGUACCAGUGAGGUUUAUGGUGAUCCACUUGAACACCCACAAAAGGAAACAUAUUGGGGCAAUGUCAACCCUAUAGGUGUUAGGAGUUGUUAUGAUGAAGGGAAAAGAACAGCAGAAACUUUAACCAUGGACUACCAUCGAGGUGCAAACGUUCAGGUGCGUAUUGCACGUAUUUUCAACACUUAUGGGCCUCGCAUGUGCAUUGAUGAUGGGCGUGUUGUCAGCAAUUUUGUUGCACAGGCCCUGCGUAGAAAGCCCUUGACAGUUUAUGGUGAUGGGAAGCAAACUCGAAGUUUCCAAUAUGUUUCUGACUUGGUUGAUGGACUGGUAGCACUGAUGGAAAGUGAGCAUAUUGGACCUUUCAACCUGGGCAAUCCAGGAGAGUUCACCAUGUUGGAGCUUGCCGAGGUUGUCAAAGAAACAAUUGAUUCGACGGCAACAAUUGAGUUCAAACCCAAUACCGCAGACGACCCUCAUAUGAGAAAACCAGAUAUCACCAAGGCAAAAGAGCUCCUGAAUUGGGAGCCAAAGAUAUCAUUGAGGGAAGGGCUGCCCCGGAUGGUGACUGACUUCCGGCAGCGUAUCUUGGAUGCGCAGUCAUAAACCAAGAAUUGAGAUCUUGUAUGGUACGUGGUCCAACAAGUGUGCUAUUAAUUGAAUUUGUUAUUGUAUUGUCUCUCUUAAUAAUGCAUUCCUAGGCAGGGCAAGUUUUGUAUGCUGUUUAUCUGUCAUCCUUGUAUGUUUUCAGAGAACUACUUGUUCUAAAGAAGUGAGAUGAGUUGCAAAUGCUAGCACAGGAUCCGAAAGCAAAACAAAUACACAGUUUUACAGGCUGUGAUCAUUUGCUGCA